AUGCCUUCUCAGGCCAACGAAAACGAUCCUCUCUUGUCCGGGUCUGGUCACGACCGCUCCGAAGACCAUGCUCAUAGCAAGGCCGCCCGGAACUCGCGACUACGCGAAAUCGGCCUUUUUGUUUGGGCUUUGAUCGCUACUGCAGCUGUUAUUGUCAUUGCGAUUUGGACUCAGCAUGCGCAGCAGACCAAGCAUGACCAUAACACACCUGCGGCGAAGCGAAAUCUCGUCUUUAUGGUGUCUGACGGCAUGGGUCCUGCGCCUCUGUCUUUGACGCGCAGCUUUAGACAGCACGUUGAAGACCUUCCCUUUGGCGAUACCCUCACUCUCGACAAGCACUUCUGGGGCUCAAGCAGGACUCGCUCCAGCAGCUCCCUCGUCACAGACAGCGCUGCUGGUGCCACUGCUUUCUCCUGCGGCAAGAAGACCUACAACGGUGCUAUUUCUACCCUACCAAACCACGAUCCUUGCGGAACUGUCCUAGAAGCUGCCAAGCGCGCUGGAUAUCACACUGGUCUUGUCGUCACAACAAAGAUUGAGGAUGCCACCCCUGCCUGUUUCAACUCGCACGUUAUUCUCCGAGAAAUGGAAGAUGAGAUCGCUCUUCAGCAGAUCGGAGAGGGCGUUUUGGGCCGAACCGUGGACCUCAUGCUUGGUGGUGGCCGAUGCAACUUCCUGCCCAACAGCACAGAGGGCAGCUGCCGCGCCGAUGACACAGACGUGAUCAAGAUCGCAAAGGAGAAGCACAACUGGUCUUACACCGACAACCGCGCUGGUUUUGACGCUCUCAAGGGCGGUAAUAACGUCAAGCUGCCUUUCCUCGGACUGUUUGCCUCGAGUGAUAUCCCCUUCGAGAUUGACCGCCGAAACCACAACGACGUCUAUCCCUCACUGAGCGAGAUGGCCAAGACUGCUCUUCGCGCUCUUGAGAAAGCCACUGAGAAGAGUGACAAGGGCUUCUUCAUCAUGAUUGAGGGUAGCCGAAUCGACCAUGCUGGCCACAUUAACGACCCUGCCGCCCAGGUCCAUGAGGUUCUUGAGUACGACAAGACCUUCCAGGCUGUUCUCGACUUCAUCAAGCAGAGCAAGACUGAGACUGUUCUUGUCGCAACCAGCGAUCAUGAAACCGGAGGUCUCGCCACUGCGAUUCAGGAACCCGGUCACCUCCCUGUCUAUAACUGGUACCCCAAGGUCCUUGCCAACGCAACUGCUUCGGCCGAGUGGCUCCAAGCCAAGCUGAAUGCCCACAUCGCAUCCAACUCCAACUCCAAGAAGGACAAGGAGAAGCUCAAGAAGUACAUCAAUGAGGAGCUCAUUGUCAAGGGUCUCGGUAUUUCCGACGCCUCCGACAAGGAGAUCACCACUAUUGCUGAGAACCCUGCGGUCGCAUUGGUUCUCUUCUCCGCUCUUAUUUCCCUGCGCGCCCACGUUGGCUGGAGCACCCACGGCCACACCGCCGUCGACGUCAACAUCUACAGCUCCGGCGGUCCCCGAACGGAGAACAUCCGCGGCAACGUCGAGAACACAGAUGUUGGCAAGUAUCUCCGCGAGUAUCUCGAGGUUGAUGUCGAUGCCAUUACUGAGGAGCUCAUGGAGAAGAUGAGCAAGGUCAACGUCCAGGAUGCCGGUAUGGAGGCCCUUGAUGAAGUGUGGGCUCUUGGAGACAAGUACCACGCUAUUAAUGUCUGA